CUGUACUCGCAAGUCGUAAUACACUGCCGAUUGCUAAUUUGCCAUUCCCGGUCUGCAUCGUGGUGAGCGGGGCCUGAAAGUUAGCGUCUUGUGUCUUGGCGAGCAAGUCAGAAGGCCGAGGGCCAAUCUCAAAUGAUCGAAUCUCUUCCUCCGCCGCCUUCGCCACCUCAGCCCACUCCCCCACCGGCUAUCGAUCAAAGUCUCACCUUGAUUCCUGGCCUCCCCAUCGACGUCGCCGCCCUCAUCUUCUCUUUUAUCCCUUACUCUCACCAUGCUCGCCUCAAGCCCACCUGCAAAUCGUGGAACCUCUUCCUUUCCUCCAGAAAUUUUAUCUCUUUCCGCCGUCACCACCGUCUCCUCUCUCACCUCCUCUGUAUCUUCCCUCAGGACCCUUCCUUAGCUUCCCCUUUUCUCUUUGACCCUUCCUCCCUCGCUUGGUGCCCUCUCCCCCUUAUGCCCUGUAAUCCCCAUGUCUAUGGCCUCUGUAACUUCUCCGCCAUUUCCGUAGGCCCUUACCUCUAUGUACUCGGAGGCUCCCUUUUCGAUACCCGAUCGUUUCCGAUUGAUCGCCCCUCCCCGACUUCCUCUGCUUUUCGUUUCAAUUUCUAUGAUUUCUCCUGGGAACGCCUUGCCCCUAUGCUCUCACCACGUGGCAGCUUCGCCUGUGCCGCCGUCCCUGACUCUCAACAGAUUCUGGUGGCCGGUGGUGCGAGGCAUACGAUGUUCGCGGCCGCUGGAAGCCGAAUACGUUCCGUUGAGAGGUACGAUAUUGGGAAGGAUGAGUGGGUUGCCAUGGAUGGUUUAACGAAUCACCGGGCGGGUUGCGUUGGUUUUUUGGUUGGGAAUCGAAAAGGGGACAGCAGGGAGUUCUGGGUGAUGGGUGGAUAUGGUGCUUCAAGGACCAUUUCGGGUGUUUUCCCUGUCGAUGAGUAUUAUAAGGACGCGGUGGUGAUGGAAUUGAAGAAUGGGUUUGAUAACGGGAAGUGGAGAGAGGCUGGGAACAUGUGGGAAGAAGGAGAGAGGAUGAGGCUCGGAAAGAUUGUCGUUGUCGAGGACGAGAACCAAGAUUGUCCCGGCAUUUUCAUGCUCGAUAGGAAUGAGAUUCUGAGAUAUGACAUGUCUUCGAAUUGCUGGCUGUAUGAGUCUCGUGUGCCAAGAAAAGCUCCCCGUAACUCAUCAUUUGGUUUUGUAGUAUUAGGUGGGGAGCUGUACGUGAUGACGCAUUCAAGUGUUGAUAUGGCUGAAACAAGGAGGAGAACCAGACACCACAAGAGGACGGGCACUCUGUUUAUACAGAUCUAUAACCCCAAGAAGAAGACUUGGAGAACUCUAGUCACCAAGUUGCCCUUCAAUUACCCCAUUGAUAUUAGUACUACAGUACUGAGCUCAGUUUGUCUGUGAAUUGGUAGGUUUAGGAAUGCUCAUGAAAUUCUGGUGGAAUCAUGUUGUUGAUUCGCAUUCUUAUUUGCAGAUAUAUUUGUAUAUACGUGUAUCUACUGAAUGUUGAGUAGGGUAUAGUUCAUUUUUCUUUUUUAUUAGGAGGGGAUAAUCUGUACUUUGGGUACGAGGAACAUAAAGUGUGUGAACAUUGAAGUACAGAUAUUUGUAUGGAUAAUGAAAUGGAUUACAUCAUAUGCUGCUUAAUUUUAUCCUAGAAAA